UUUAUUUCUUUCACAUGGUACCGAUACCAAUAAUGCAUAUAUGAGUGACGAUUCUAAGGUUGGGCAGAAAUCCUUUGCAAGAUUCAAGACAAACCUUUGCGAUUUCUUUACUCCGUUUAACCUCACUCGCAAAUCGCAAUUCGUAUCGAAUCUAUAAUCCUCGCAAUCUCCUUCGAUUUUGCCCCUUUUUCUGCAAAUCCUAACCCUAGUUUCCCCCAUGGCCAGCGACAACAAAGAACGUAAGCAUCGUCGUUCAUCUGACGACGAAUCUGAAGAACCCUCGAAACGCCGUAAGCACCGCCAUCACCGCCGCCGACACCACCGUCAUCAUAGUCGAAAGCACGACAAGCACGAAGACAGACGUGAAGAGGGCGAGGAAGAAACCACAGAUAUGCCUCCUCCUCCUCUUCCUCUUCUUCCGUCUGCUAAUUCUCAGCCCGAUUAUGACAUGGAAGAAGGAGAGAUUUUGGAAGAGGAUGGCGCUGAUGUCGGGGUGAAGAAGACUGCAGAUUCUGAUGCCGAGUCUGGAGAAAUCAAAAUGGAAACCCAUGGAGCUUUGGUAGUGCCCAACCAUAGUCAUGUUAAGGAGGAAAGUUUAAGCAAGGAGGAUAACAGUAAUGGGCAUAUAAGAAGCGUUUCCCCUGGUGGAAACGAUAACAUAAAAACCCUUUAUGAUGAGGAUCAUGAAACAAGGAACAAUGAUUACAAACAUCAUAGACCUGAAGAAACAGACUACAGAGAUAGAACUAGGAAAUAUGAUGGACAAAAGGGUGAAAGUCACAAAGGUGCACCUUCAGAUGUAGAUACAGAGAAGACAAAAAGAGAGGAGGCUGAUGAAGAGAUGUAUCAAGAAAGAAGCUCUUUGCAAAUUGAGGAAGAUGAAGAAGAAGAUCUUAAUAGAAUAAAGGAGGAAAGUAGAAGGCGUAGACAAGCCAUUCUUGAAAAGUACAAGACUAAAUCAUUGAAGCAGCAGCAACAACAACCUGUGCCUCAAUUAGAGGAUACAUCUAAAGCAAAUUCAGGCACUCUUGAAGGUCAAGGUGAGUUGUCAGAUAGUAACACAGGUGACACACCAUUUUCAGUUGGAAGAUCUCCUCCACAAAAUGGUGUUGAGAGGACAUCUGGCACAGGUGGACUUGGAGAGGGUACUCCAAAGAGUGAAAGAUCAAAUGGUGAUGAUAUAUUUGGGGAAUCUCCACCUCAUGCACGUGAAAGGAAAGAGGAAAGAUCAAAUGACAUGUUCACUGAUGAUAUAUUUGGUGAAUCACCAACUGGAGUCCGAAAACCUGGAAAAGGAGAUGGUUUAGCCAUUCAAAGAAGUGGUCUUCAGGAUAACUGGGAUGAUGCAGAAGGCUACUACAGCUACCGUUUUGGAGAAGUACUUGAUAGCAGAUAUGAAGUUCUUGCAGCACAUGGGAAAGGUGUGUUCUCAACAGUGGUUCGUGCAAAAGAUCUGAAAGCAGGAUCCACUGAUCCAGAAGAAGUGGCAAUAAAAAUCAUCCGCAACAAUGACAAAAUGUAUAAAGCUGGAUUGGAAGAGCUGGUGAUACUGAAGAAGUUGGUAGGUGCUGACAUGGAGGAUAGGCGCCACUGUCUCUUCAUUGCUCUAAAACACCUUAGAAACUGUGGUGUCCUUCACACUGACAUCAAGCCUGAUAACAUGCUGGUAAAUGAUGCGAAGAAUGUUCUGAAGCUUUGCGACUUUGGGAACGCCAUGUUUGCUGGGAAGAAUGAGAUCACACCAUACCUCGUCAGCCGCUUUUAUCGUGCCCCUGAAAUAAUUCUAGGUUUGACUUAUGAUCAUCCUGUUGACAUGUGGUCUGUCGGCUGCUGUCUGUUUGAGCUUUACACUGGAAAAGUUCUCUUCCCUGGUGCCACAAACAAUGACAUGCUUCGCCUUCACAUGGAACUCAAAGGCUCUUUCCCUAAAAAAAUGCUUCGAAAGGGAGCAUUUACCGAACAGCAUUUUGAUUCGGAUCUUAACUUUGUUGCUAUAGAGGAGGACCCUGUUACCAAGAAGACUGUGAAGAGACUGGUGAAUAUGAAGGCGAAAGAUAUAAGUUCAAUUGUUGUGAGCUCACCUGGAGAGGAUCCGAAAAUGUUAGCAAAUUUUAAGGAUCUUUUGGAGAAGAUAUUCAUUUUGGAUCCCGAUAAGAGGCUGACUGUACACCAAGCAUUGAAUCUUUCUAAUCAUUGGACAUUUAUCUGUGUCUUUCUUUACCUGUGUGCUGACAUGGCGGAGGUACACGCUGACAUGGACGACCUGACCUCACCGGUUGGCAGUGGGAUGUGUACUGUUCUAUUGAAAUCCAGCAGUGCUGUUAUUGUAUGA